CAGUGUUAAUUUGUACAGCCCUGAAUAGGAUCAGAGGUCAAAAUGCAAGAAUUUACCAAAUUUGUUCCAAGAAAAAACUCUAAAAUGCAGAUGCAGACAGUGUCAUGGGAUAUUUGAUGAAUUAUUCUUUGUGUUUUUUAUUCUUUAUCUUAUUGUAAAUUGCACAUAUAAGUCAUUUUUCAUCGCAGAACUUCUGUUUUAGGAGGUCUUCACCAUGAGGCUGAUGGUAAUGCUAUUCCUCAUGACCUCUAUACCCUUGAGUCAAACUGUGACGUGUCCACGCAUCUGUGUCUGUGAUGACACCAAGCUCACUGUAACAUGCAUAGGGAAAAAUCUUAUGCACAUUCCUCCUACCAUAAAGGAGAUCACAGUGAAAUUGGAUCUGAAGAGAAAUAAUCUUGGAGACCUGAGUAAAGGAGCUUUUAAACACACCCCCUACCUGACUCAUCUGAACCUGCAGGGAUGUAGGAUCCACUCGGUAAGAGCAGGAGCGUUUCGGGGACUUUCCCAUUUGGUGCAGCUUGACCUCACCCACAACAACAUUGACAUCCUCUACCAGGAAUCAUUUGAUGGAUUAUCAUCAUUGAAGCAGUUAUAUUUGGAUCGAAACCGCAUUGAGGAGAUCCACCCUGGAGCGUUUGCUUCAUUGCGCUCUUUAAACCUGCUCUCUCUCACCCACAAUCAACUUGUCUCGUCUAACAUGAUGUUUCAGGGGAUGUUGAAUAUCCAGUUGUUACGUUUGAGUCAUAACUCUUUAAAUAAUCUGGCAAGUGAAGCGUUUGCUGGCCUUCUCACACUUACUCAGUUGAACCUGGAUCAUAAUGAGCUUCAGUUCUUUCCUACAAAAACUAUGACCAGAUUAUUGGAGUUGACUCACCUUGACAUGAGUUAUAAUCCCAUGACAUAUCUAGUGGAGGAGAGUGUGACAAUGCCAAAACUCACACACCUGUUUUUGAAGCACAUGGCUUUACAGGAUCUGUCAGUAUCAGCUCUGUCUCUCUCUCCCUUCAUCUCUCAUCUGGACCUGAGCUACAACCAGCUCCCUUACAUACAGGCCCUCACGGGAACUACACAGCUCACCGGCCUUAACCUCACUGGAAACCCCAUCAGAUGUACCUGUUUACUGCAGGGCCUGAAGAUAUGGACACAGGAGUCCGGGAUAAAGCUUUAUGGUGCCUGUGCUUGGCCGCCACACCUCUCAGAUGAACCUUUGGAGAAUGUGCAGGAACAGGACCUCCGCUGCAGACAACAAGACGAGUUGAUGCCAGAUGAUACAGAGAAGGAAGGAGAGGCGAAAACUGAGGAUGAAAAGAUUACACCAAAAAUCAAGCCCAAGAAAAAUAACAAAUGUCGUAAGAAUUGCGACUGUGAGUCUGAUGCUCGACACGCUACCUGUGAGGAACGUGGUCACACCAAAGUGCCCACUGGUUUCCCUGGCACCACUCUCCUUUUGAACAUGCGUGGCAACCGCUUCCAUUAUCUCCCUGGCAACAGUUUCCCUGUUCCCUGGUCUGUAAAGAGCUGUUUGAAUACAUAA